AUGACGAUCAAGGACGAUGAUACUAUACGUGCCCAUUGGCGAUGCUUUAUAGCAUGUGGUCUCAUGGUUCUAUCGCCGUUUCAAUAUGGCAUUGACUUCGGUCUGAUAGGAGGCAUGCAGGCGAUGCCAGGUUUUCUCAAGAUCUACGGCCAUCCAGCUCCGAAUACAGCAAUCGGUUGGAACAUCUCGACAGUGCGGCAACAACUAAUUACAUCGCUGAUGACACUUGGCGCCUUCGUCAGUUCUGCUACCGCAGGCUUGGUGGCUGCUAAAUUGGUCGAAAGACCUGUCUAUAUCAAUGCCCUUUAUGUCGGACGGCUACUGAAUGGAUUAGCGAAUGGUUACUUUAUGACCUUCUCCCAACUAUUUAUCCAAGAGAGUAGUCCAGCCAAGUACCGUGGGCUCUUCCUGACCGCGUUCCAGUUUUGCACCUCUUUCGGCACAUUGAUCGGUACAAUCGUGGACUGGGCAACGGCAUCGCGGUCUGAUCGAUCAGCCUAUCUGAUUCCUUUAGGACUUAUCUACAUUAUUCCUCUUUUCUUGACCGUUGGCCUGUUCUUUAUACCCGAGUCUCCACGCUGGCUGAUCCUGCAAGAUCGAAUCGAAGAUGGGCACAAAUCCCUUAAGUGGCUAAGGCCGACUGGUGCGCAAGUCGACAUCGAAGUCGCGGAAAUAAAGGCAGCCAUCGAUAAAGAACGUGAGAUGGGUAGCCAGGUCGGCGUGUUAGAUAUGUUCAAGAAUCCCAUAGAUAGGAGACGCACGAUUCUCGCCGUCUGCGGAGUAACUCUACAAGCUGCUACAGGUUCUAUGUUUAUCAUCUCGUACAAGGCGUACUUCUUCACUAUGGCCAGGGUAACCAACCCCUUCGCGAUGGGUUGCGUUCUUAGCGCAAUUGGCCUAUUUGCCAUCGUUCUCAACUCCUUAAUCGUGGUACGAUAUGGUCGACGUCGCGUGCUUCUUAUGGGUGGCCUUGGAAUUUGUGGCAUCCUACAGUUAAUCGUCGCAGUUGUAUACGACCAAAACCCUGGCGCAAAGGCCACAGGUGAAGUUCUUGUAGCGUUAUCAUGCCUUUAUAUGAUGAGUUACAAUGGAAUGGUCGCGACUUAUGCCUGGUUGAGUGGUGGCGAGCUUCCGUCACAACGUCUACGCAGCUAUACGUUUGGGUUGGCAGCAGCCGUGGCAUUCUUUGCUGCCUGGCUUACUACCUUCACAGCUCCUUAUUUUAUUAAUCCCGAUUCUCUAAACUGGGGCCCGCGAUACGGUUAUAUCUGGUUCCCAAGCUCAAUCGUAGCUGGGGUAUGGGUAUACUUCUUCCUACCCGAAGUUCAAGGCCGAACAUUGGAAGAGAUCGACGAAAUGUUUGAGGAGAAACUGCCUGCUCGAAAAUUUAGGGGAUAUAAGUGCGUUCGUCGACUUGCUAUGGAUGAAAAAGCAGGUACCCAACACGAGGAGUAA